AUGAAUUCACAAGCAGCUUCAGGACACAUCUGGCUGAUUUUCUUUUUCUUUACCAGCUCAGCAAAAGGGAACUUAGAGACACCAUCUUUCCAGCCUGGAAUCCUCUAUCAAUACCGCUACUCACUGGAGGUGCAGCUAGAUUAUGUCUCAAGGUUGUCCUUGCAAGGAAGUCGGAUGCGGGCUGAAGCUUUGGUUCAGGUGCAUCUGCUCUGGAGAAAUCAUGCAGGGGAGCAGCUUCUCCAGAUCCAGAUCCAAGACCUAAAAGUCUACCAUGAUUCAAAACAUGAGAAGAUUCAGAAUGUAACCAGAGACCCAUCCACUGAGGUUGUGCUGGGCAAAGAGGACACCGCAGAGCUUCAGCUGCCAGUUUUCCUCCACUGGAAUAAUGGGAAGGUAGAAGGCAUCUACGGAGAUAAAGGAGGAAGGUCCCAGACCUUGAAUCUGAAACAGGGCCUCAUCAGUCUCCUCCAAUUCCAGCCACAUUCUGGGACAGCAACUGAGGAGGAUGUUUCUGGGAGCUGUCAAGUCACAUAUGUUGUUUCCGAGGAUUCCAUUGUAAAGACAAAAGAUCUGCAAAGCUGCACAAGGCCAAAGUUUGGAUUCACCUCCGUUAACAAAAUUUUUGGAGUUCUGUGGCAACCCACCAGCAAAAGCUUUUACUCUGUACAAGGAAGUCUCAUCCAGUCAGUGCUGUCGGAGGAAAGCCACGUGGUGUCUCCAACCUUGAAGUCCUCCAUUGGCACCAAGAUCAUGUCAAGACAGCAGCUUGAACUUGUGUCUUCUUCGAUGCCUGGCCCUGCAGAGACUCCUGGACAAAGCCUUCAGGAAGCUCUGGCUGGCAUACUGGAAAAGCACCAGCCUAUAAGCACAAUUAGCGAGCCCUUCAAGAGGACCUGCAUGCAGUGCCCAUCACUCAAAACAUAUUUGAGGACUCUUGGUAACAGGAGAGUCAAAAUGGAUGUCUCCAAGGUGUCGACAACCUGGCAAUUCCACAGGUUCAUCCAGAUGCUGCGUAGUGCCAAGAAGAGGGAUGUCCUCCAGCUGCUGAGGAAAGGUCCGGAGAAGAUGGUUACCUUCUUCAUUGAUGCUGCAGUUGCUGCCCAGUCAACAGCUUCCUUGGCAGCUCUCUCUGAAUUUCUGGAUUUUAGCAACAAAGGACAAGUGCCCCUGCUAGAGCAGUUUCUCUAUGCUGCAGCCUUCUCUCCUCGGCCCUCAAAAGAACUUCUGCGCCUGGUGCUAGACAAGCUGAAUGGAAAGGAGUUAGACCCUGCCAUCUGGGAAACAGGGAUAAUUGUCAUUGGCUCGCUAGUUGGCAAGCUGUGCCGGAUGAAGCUGUGUGGAUUGCAGGAAGUAGGACUUGGAAUGGAAACUGUUCUGAGAAGAUUAAGAGACACCAAGGAGAAUUCUGAGAUAAUCAUUUACCUGUUGUCCCUGCAGAAUGCCCUGCUCCCAGAAACCAUUCCUACUCUCCUGCAUUAUGCAGAAGAAGGGUCAGCAGGGGUCUCAGGUACAGCAGUAUCUGCCCUACAAAGGUUCUCCUCUCAGCAUAUCACUGGUGAGGUGAAAAAGGCAAUGAGGAGGAUUUUCCAUCAGAAAAGCAGAAACUAUGAAAAAACCUCUCGACUAGCUGCUGCUGAAAUUCUGUUGGAUAAUGAGCCUUUGCCCAUGGACCUCACCAAUAUCCUGCUGGCCACCAGAGACCUGGAAGCAGAAAUGUCAAAAUUUUUACUUUCGAAAAUCCAGACUAGUUUACAUUCUCACCAUCACCCAGCCAGGAAAGCAAUGAAAGAAAUUCUGAAAGAUCCACAGAUCAAUAAUUACAACUACCUCUCCAAAGCUGGCAGUUCCUCUUCUUUCUCAGGACCCUUGGCAGUCACUGAUGACAUGCUGUCCACUUUCAGUCUGGAGCUGCUAUUCACUGAGAGUGGUCUCCUGAGGAAGAGUGUCUCAGGUUUCAUGCUGCGAAGCCAUGGCCACCAGCUUCAGGCAGCUCAGGUCUCUAUUGAAGCCCAGGGGUUGGAAUCUGUGCUGGGAGAGAGUAACCCUGAAGGAGAAGAGGAACAGGAGCUCAUGGCUGGGAUGUCUGCCAUUUUCUUUGACGUCCAGUUACGGCCAAUUGUUUUCUUCCAAGGGUAUACAGAUUUAAUGACCAAGGUCCUCUUAAGCAGCGGAGAGCCAACCAGCGUGGUCAAAGGGACUGUCCUGCUGAUGGAUCAUGAACAGGCAAUUCCACUUCAGUCUGGACUGCAAACAGUGGUUAAACUUCAGGGGGCACUUGGGUUAGAUAUUUCAGCCAACAUUGAUAUGAAUUUAUGGGAGCAAGAAUCAAGAACCAGCGUCAAAACAAGGGGUGGACUGGCCAUUGAUUUCACAGCAGAAAUCGAUGCCCCUUUCUUUCAAGCCAGUGUGAAAAGCCAGACAGAGGCGGAAGCCUCAAUCAAUUUUGAUACAGCGGUGAGAUUUUCUGGGAAUCCUGUGCUCAUGUGUCUGCAGCUAAGGGAGGAGCAGCUCCCUUACAGAGAAAUCUUUACAAUCUCCGAAUCUUCACUGAACCAAAGCAUCACUGUUCGCAAGGGGAGAUGGGGCACUAUUGCUGGACGUGAGCUUUCCUUGCACAGGGCCAACUCCGAGAUGUGCAAGAUCCUGUUGACAGAGGCAAAGGAGCAGUAG